AAAAAACUCGCGAUUUUGUUGUUCAAUAAAUACCUUCGUUUUGUGGGAAGAAUCAGGAGGAGGAAAGAAUCAAGGUCUAGCCAUCCAUAAUACCCAACAACACCAGGUAGAAUGGAGCAGCCGGAGACAGACAGCGAGGAUGAGAUGCCUCCAGGGUGGGAGGAGCGAUGCACAGCAGAUGGACUAGUAUUUUAUGCACAUCAUAGCUCUCAGACAACCCAGUGGCAGCAUCCCAGAACCAACAAGAGGAAGAAAGUUACUGGAGAAUUACCCUAUGGAUGGGAAAGACAGAUAACAGAAGAUGGGAAGGUGUUCUUCGUUGACCACAUCAACCACAAGACUACCUACACAGAUCCCAGACUAGCCUUUGCAGUCGAGGAGAGCAAUACAAUCAAUGACCUGCGGCAGAGGUUUGACAGCAGUUCAACAGGUCUCCAGGUGCUUCAUGGGAGGGACCUCACAGGGCGCGUUGCUGUCAUUACAGGUGCUAAUAGUGGAAUAGGCUAUGAAACAGCUCGAACUUUGGCAUAUCAUGGCUGCACGGUUGUCUUUGCUUGCCGGAGUAUAAGCAAAGCUGAAAAUGCAAUAUCGAAAAUUCAGGCUCAGAGGCCAAAUGCAUCAUGCCAUGCUUUACACAUCGAUUUGGAAUCUCUUGAAAGUGUGCGGACUUUUGCACAAACUUUUGCCAUUAAGUUUGACCGAUGUGAUAUACUGAUUCUAAAUGCAGGAGUUUUUGGCCUACCUCACACCUUGACUCUGGAUGGGCUUGAGACCACCUUCCAGGUCAACCACUUGUCACAGUUUUACCUCGCUGUGCUACUGCAGCCAAUACUCUCUCGCUCAGCACCUGCUCGGGUUGUGUUUGUCUCGGCUGAAGCACACAGAUUUGCAACUCUAGAUGAAGCUUGCCCAGAAGAAGAGUUAUCACCCUCCCACAAAGCAACAUAUGAUUCUAUAAUUGCUUAUUGCAACUCUAAACUAUGCAAUGUUUUGACAGCCCUGGAGAUGCAACGGAGAUUUGGCAAUCAGGGUAUAAACUGUUAUGCAGUGCACCCAGGCAAUGCUGUGUCAACCUAUAUCACACGACAUUGGUGGGUUUACCGUCUGAUUUAUGCAGUGGUUCGACCUUUUACAAAAUCCUUGCAACAGGCUUGUGCUACAAGCAUAUACUGUGCAGCAAGUACAGACAUUUCCAAGUAUGGAGGAGUUUAUGUGAAUAAUUGCGUGCCAUGUCUCCCUUCACACACAUCACUCAAUUCUGUGGUUUCAAAUCGUUUAUGGAACAUGUCUCUGAAUAUGAUACAAAAUGUGCUUGGAAAAAGAGCAUUCAGUGUACAGACUUUAUAGGAAUAUCAAGGAAAAUAAAGGUUUUGGUGUGGGCAUUGAGUUUAUGAUGAGAUUAGUAAUGUUUGCAGAAGAAAUGGGUGAAUUGUUUUAUUUGCAGAUGGUAUGAAGAUAUAAUGCUUCAUUAUAGUUUGGAAUUAACUAAGUUGAGGAGGUAGUUCGUUAUACAUUACAUCCAAACCAGUUUUAAGUUUGUUUAAGUAUAGUAUUUAUGAAGUGUUGACUUCAUAUUAUUUAUUUAAUCUGUUAUAGAUAAAUAUUUCAGGGCAUUCCAUUCAGAAGUCUGCAUUUUAAUGUUGAAAUAUAUGGUUAACUCAGUGCUGCCAGGGAAAAUGAAUAUAAAUUGGGGAAAAUGCUGUGCUCAUUUUUUAUAUUUUUGUGAAAUGUCUCUGCACAUAGAUGGCUCUGCUAGUGCUCAGCCACAAAGGAGUCAAUUAGUAGAUCUUGUGACCUUACCUGAUUUCACCUUUCCUUGAAUUGGCAGGGAAAAUGUAUUUUUUACUAAUGCUGUGAAUAUUGAUGCUGUUAUUUUUAUUAUAAACAUUAUAAUUACUAUAAUGUUAUAAACAUUAGUAACAGCAAAAUAAGAGAACAUAAAAUAUUUUGUAUAUCAAGGAAAAGGGUAAGCAGGGGAGACAGGCAGUACAUGUAAUUGGCUCAUUGGUGACUUAGUACAAGUGUAGCCAUCUAUGUGUAAAGCAAUUAAACAAGUAAACUCACAGUGGGCAUGGCAUGUACGUACAUGCCAUGCUCGUUGGCAUUGGGUUAAUGCUCUAUUUUAUGCACGAGGUACAUUUCCAAACUCUUUGUGAUUAUAUGAAAUUUGUGUUGCCUUCUAAAGUACAUGGAAUAGAUUGUUACAUUGUGAAUAAACAUUAUGAAGUAUUCAUUAAACUGUAGUUUUGU